AUGAUUAAACAAGAAUCAAAUUCAUCUGAAAAAAUCAUUGAAUAUAGUUAUCCAUUAUUAAAUGAACCAAUUGAUGAACGUUGGUCAAAUCUAGGUAGAUUAGCAUUACCUAAUGGUGUACAUCAAAGAGAAAAUGAUUUAAUUUAUUUUCAUUUUUCAUCACUAAAUAAUCAAGAUGAUUAUUAUAAAACAUUAUUUGGUAUUGCAUCAUAUAGACAAAUUGAUGCUAAUACUGUUACUAAUAAAGAUGCUGAUAUAACAUAA